AUGAGCAGUGAGAGUCAGCAUCCCAGACACCUGCGUCGUGCCUGGACAGUAGGCCACUCUUUACGGAAAACUGUUGGCAGUGGCAGCAGUUUGCAGCUUCAGACGAGAGCUUCAGGUGAAAAUGGUGCUCACGAUGACUACCGAAAUUGGGAGUGUUCAGAAAUGCUAGAGCGGUGUGUUGUUUCUGUGACCUGUGCUAUUGCUGAGGUGGCAUCUCCAAGGUUCCACAACCUUCGAAAGCAUCAACACCUGCUAAGGACCAAGUGUCCAGACACAUUGUUUGGCUUUUACAAAGGAAUUAUACCACCCAUUUUAGCUGAAACACCAAAGAGAGCAGUCAAGUUUUCCACCUUUGAGCAGUACAAGAAAUUGCUGGGAUAUGUGUCACUAUCACCAGGGCUGACAUUUGCCAUUGCUGGACUUGGAUCUGGACUAACAGAAGCAGUCGUGGUCAACCCUUUUGAAGUGGUAAAAGUUGGUUUGCAAGUCAAUCAGCACACAUUCACAGAGCAACCAUCUACUUUUGCUUAUGCAAGACAAAUCAUUAAGAAGGAAGGCUGGGGGCUCCAGGGCCUCAACAAAGGAUUUACAGCAACUCUGGGACGUCAUGGAAUUUUCAACAUGGCUUAUUUUGGCUUCUACCACAACGUCAAAAACAUUAUUCCAGCCUGUAAGGAUCCAACCUUGGAGUUUUUGAGAAAAUUUGGGAUUGGUUUUCUCUCGGGGACGAUAGGCUCAAUCUUUAACAUCCCCUUUGAUGUUGCCAAGAGUAGGAUCCAAGGGCCCCAGCCGGUUCCUGGAGAGAUCAAGUACAGAAAGUGCUUAAAAACAAUGGCGACGGUCUACCAGGAAGAAGGGAUCUUAGCCUUAUACAGAGGUCUGCUUCCCAAGGUCAUGAGACUUGGACCAGGUGGUGCGGUGAUGUUGCUGGUGUAUGAACACGUCAACGUGUGGCUGCAGAAAAACUGGUGA